GAAGCAAAUGCUUUUGCAUUCAUUGCUGCCAUCUGCUGGUGAAAUACAUUGUCUGAUACCAAAAGUGUUUGGUUGACAAAUUAACUUUCCGUUUCUUUUCUUAUACUUCAAAGGAAAACGAAAGCUACAGUUUCCGGGCUUAUUUCAAUAGCAAAUCAAUUGGAAUAUCAGAGUGCUUCACAUUUACAAGGUCAGAGUGCUGCACAUUUUCUUACUUGACACUUCAACCAACUUUAUCAAGGAUGCCUGAAAGUUUGACUUUUGAGGAGAGAUAUGGCUGCAGAACGAUUCUAGAGAUGUUGCCAAGAGACAACAUACUAUCGCUACAUCACACUGUUACUAAUACAGAGAAAGGCUGGAUUAGUACCACACCUUUCUUAUCAGGAACUGUGUCUUUUUGUAUCAGAAGCAAUUGUCGACAUUAUUUCACAUUCCAAAAAUGCUGGGGAGCUAUUGAAACGAAAGAAAGUCCAACGUGACGUCCUUUUCACUUACCUUCAAAAUGAGGGGAUUGCUUUGCCCAAAUCCACCGACAAACAACAGUUAGUGUAUCUGGCCUUGGGACACUGGUCUAAGAAUCUGUACAGUCCACCACCUACGACAUUUUCUACUUUCAGUAGUUUACUGACCAGCCCAGUUUUACCUACACCAUUCAUUCCCAUUUCCACAACACCCUCCAAUCCUGCACCUUCCUACCAGGCAUCUGUCAAACUAGAGAGUCCACUUGUGUUUGAACAAAGCUCCCCGUUGACAAAGCUGAAGGAUGACAGUUCUGGAACUGACCUCCCAGCCAUGGCCCAAGAGUUCUGCAAGUGGUUCUACCAGCUUCUGAAUGGCUUAAACCCCUCUCUGGGUCAAAUGGCUCUUGACUUGAAUCCCAGGCACUUCUGGGAGGAUGUGAAGCUACGUAUCGUUUCCAAAACUGGAAGUGAAGAGUAUGAUGGAGCUGAGCUUGUCAGUCUGCGCCUGUUAGCCUUGGCCAGGGAUGAGAGGCUCCUCCUGAGCCCCAACCUGGAGCCCCAUGGCCUCAGGGCUCUGUCCUCCCCCCAUGGCCUGGUGCUGGUGGCUGUGGCUGGGACUAUCCACAGAGACAGAGCCUGCCUUGGAAUUUAUGAGCAGGUCUUUGGCCUCAUCCGCUCCCCUCUGGACAACAACCAAUGGAAGAUCAAGUUCACUGAAGUCAGAAUGCAAAAGAAGGAUGACAUGAGUGUAGGAGAUGAGCUGGCUCCUCCCCCGUUAACUUGGGACACCAGUGAACUAGAGAGGCUCUGUGGCUCUCCUUGAUCUACAUGAAGGCUGAUCUACGUCAGGGAUAAACAUACUGGCAUAAUGCUCUGUUAUCCUCUAUAUAUUUAUUAUUAUUUAUUUUAUAGCAACAGUAGAAAAGAACAUUAAAACAGCUUAUUAUAAACGAAGAUAUAUAUAUAUAUAUAUAUAUAUAUAUACUGCAGUGCUUGGAGAACUUUCCACGUGCAGCUGACAUCUUGAUGAAACUUCUUCUUUCUGGCUCCUCCCAGUGUAGGGUGGGUGACAUCAUUCUUUUCCUUUGAAUAAAAAAUGAUUUUUAUUCAAAAAGUAAGAAAGAAAAAAUGAAAAUAAGGACUUGUGAUGACUAAAAACAAGUUAAUUGAGGAAUACUGAAUGUUUUUUUACCCUCUGUCUCAGAGCUGUAGAUAUCCUCUCAGAGCUGGGAUCACCUGUCCCUCCUCCUGGUUCUUCCUCUUAGUACCUCUCCAUCUGUGCUGUUACUGUCAGAAUGACUGACUGACUGACAUUAACCAUUGUACACAUCUCCAGGGACAAAUACAUUGCUACUGUAAAUAAAAGAAAGAGGGUGACAAGUUACAGCAGUAUCAUGUUGACUGUAUAUACUUGUGUGUCGGUGGUUGAGAUAACCUAGCAAUGUUUUGAGCAACACUGUGAUGUAAAACAGAAAAUUAAUAAUCCAUGAGUUAUUACCAACGGGUUGACCAUUUUAAUGAAAUUAUUCAGAUUGUGACCUUGCACACUAUCUGUUUCUUUAAUUAAAUGUUUUGGGAUCUGGC